AUGGAUGAGUGGACAUAUGAUUUAGUGGAAAAAAUUAAAGAAGAAUGUUCAAAAUCAAGAUUUAUACAUGAAUGGCCAUCAUCUUGCGUAUUUUUAUGCUUUUAUCAUCGUAGAACAGGUGUUGUCAGAGUGCCAAAAUUAUUUUGGACUAAUUCUUUGAGGAAUGAAUUUGAGUAUUGGAAGAAUAAUCCAGAUAUUGUAGAAGAUCGUCUAAUGGAGCAUGCACAUGCAUUUUAUGGUUACUCAAUUAUACCAUCACAGAUCGAAUCAAUUCUAGAGAUCGGAGCUGGACCAUUUACACAAAUACAAUAUUUGAUCACUCCAUUUCGACAUAUUAAUUCGAUAACUAUUUUAGAACCAAAUGCUAUUUCUUAUAUGAAAUUGAAUAAUUGUAAAUACAAAGGUGGACAUUUAAAAGGGCAUUCAAUAGAAAUUAUAUCCGAUUCAAUUGAGAGUUUUAUGGAAAAACAACGAAAAUUAUCGACUACAAAUCAUAAAUUAUAUUCGAUUGUUGUUGCAAUAAAUGUUGUUGAACAUGUUCAAGAUGCUAUAGAAUAUUUUCAUGCAAUUUAUAAUUUAAUUGAAAUAAAUGGACUAGUUAUAUUUCAUGAAAGAUGGUUUGAUCAUCCACGAGAUGGUGAUUGUGUACUAGAAGAUGCAGAAAGAUUGCAUCCUAUAAGAAUAACAAAAUUUGUUAUUGAUAUAUUUUUAAAUCAAUUUGAAACAUUAUUUAUAAAUUAUAAUAAAACUCUUAGACAACAAAAGUCAGUGUGUAAAGAACAGGGUGUUUAUUUUAUUGGAAGAAAAACAAAAUGA